CAGAGCCGCGCUUAUCGGCGUCUGUCUGCUGAGGCUUGCGCGGACAGGCACGGAUGACGAGCGCUGCGAUGAGCGAGGGGCGGAAUGCCCGCCUCACUGACUUGUUGGCCGGCCACCAAUCGAGAAAGGAGUAUGCAGCAACUGAGUAUAAAAAGGAUGCUGGCGGCCGGCGCUCCUUACAAACGACGUUGCUUCGAGCACGCAAGCCGACGUGCCGGCGCCGAAACCUGAUACGCAGUCACAACUGGCGCUUGUUAUUCCUCCUCCGCGUGCUACACAGUAUGUAUAUCUACGCAGCGGCGGUUGUAGCCUGCCCCAUCUGAGUAUCACGUGCCGCGAUCGGCCGCAAUCGACCGCGCUCCGUCCACGCGCUGAUAGUGCGAGCUCCAGAGAGAGAGCGUAUCAGAUCAUCGUCGCCGGAUCACGCCUGCACUUGAACUCGCCACUGAGUCCACGGCGUGCGGGAAGGAUUGUCUCCCGGACUUUACUGACUCGCAGCGCACACUUGCUUGAUUGCUGCUAGCUGUCGGUCAUAGGAAGUGAAGACUCACCGACGAGUGCCUGCGACUGCUAUACUGGAAGACUGGAGGGCCAGUUCCUCGAACACCGGCAGUUCACGCACGAACGUCGCGGCACGCAGGAUAGUUUUCCGUCGGAGACGAAGAAAGACAAAGGAAGCUGCGCUUCCCCAGCUCUGCGCGAUGGCUUUCAUGAUGCCGGUCGUGAAGCAAGACUACGACAUAUACUCGAGACCCAACAGCCGGAAGAACUCUGUGUGCAGCACAAGUCCUGGGACGAGCAAGUCUCGCAACAGCAGCCGCAACAACAGCAUCUCGUACUCGAGCUCGCCGACGCAGACCGUCAUCACGCCAGAACAGGCACGCAAGAUUAUCCAGCGAAGACGAAGCCGUGGUAUGUCCGAGUGUCUACCCGAUCUCAGGGAAAUUGACCACGAAGAACCGCGCCAGCGUAGGAAGAGCAGCCUGGGAAAGCUGUCCUGGUCAUCGCUUCAGGCUGCCCUGCAGAAACUGAAGCCCGCCGAGCCGAAGAGCAAGUCGCAGACGUCAAUCGAGGAACAGGAGUCGUGACAUUCGUGCAAUUUGCCCGUGCCGGCUGUGGUUUCUGUGUAUAUAGGACCUGUACAUAGACAUCGGGGGAUUCGCAACGCUGGUGCAGAGGCGCUUCCAUCUAUUUGUGCAUAUUUACAUGUUUUGUGCGCGCAGAGCUGUUCACGUGACGUUAUUGUUCUGUACUUUAGCAGGACACUUGAUAUUGUCGGUCAAUACCACGCCAUGACAUUUGUCAUCGAGAUAACUUGCGGCAAGCGUCCGCAUCCUCUGUACUUUCACAAAGUAGUUAGUUCGUUAAUUAUUUAAUUCAUAAGUAAUCUGAACGAGACAUAUACCAUUUCUUUUGUCACUAAUGUCGUGGAGCCAUUUGAGUCGCAUUGUACUAUAUUGUAUGGCUGAAGGCAUGUGUACAAAGCUUUAUGCAUGUAUACCUUUUUCAUCGUCAUUUAAUAUUCGUACAGUCAGCAUGUUUUCGGCGUGUUGCAACACUGAUCAUAAGUUACCGCAUUACUUUAACGUGAUACACGGAUGCGCAAACAGCUGACUGAUAUUCUGCAUCCUUGGCUCCUAACGCGGCCAGAAAAUAGCACACCAAUUCAUCAAGCAACCGCGUGAGAAAUGCAACUGGAUGGCCAAAAUGUUGAAUGUGCUUCGUUGAUGGCCGACUUCGUACAGUUCGUGUUUCACAGCAUGCUAGCUACCCUGGGUAUAUGAAUUUCUCGUUGUAUUUGCCGUACCAGUGCCUGCAAGACCAAAGUUCAGUAUUCUUAUUUCUGUCAGAACCUGUAACCAUGUAGUCGCGAUUUCUAGUUCAUUUUCUUCGUGUUUAUUUUUUCCUGGCAUCAAAUAAAAAUGUGGCAAUAAUGAA